AUGAGAGACCAGAGAGAGAGAGACCAGCAGCAACAAGGUGGAGCAGGUGGAGACACAUCCCCUCAGCUGGACUCAGAGGUCUUGGUUUACCUGAACAGAACUCCUCCCCCUCUCCUCAGUGCAACUGCAGCGUGUGGCGUUCAGGGACCUCCUGAACCCUUGGGACACUCCUGGGACCUCCUGACUGAGGACAUGACCAAACUGUCUGUGGAGGUCCAGAGGAAAGAGCCCGAGCUCAGCGUUCCUCUGUCUCUGUCCUCGGUCAUGACGCUGUCGCCCGGACCCUCGCACCACAACAGCCACUUCACACACACUAAUGUCACUAAUAUCCCUGUCAGCAGCUGCGUGGCCCCUCCCUCCGGGAACAGCAUGUCCAGGGUCCAGAGCGAGACCCUCUGGUCUGACGUGGCUCUUCUGUCCCAGGUCUGCGAGUUCUGCCACGCCGUGUUCCCCUCCAAUACCACCACCAGGACGCACCCCAGUCUCAGCCCCAGUCUCAGCCCCAGUCUCAGCCCCAGUCUCAGCCCCAGUCUCAGCCCCAGUCUCAGCCCUAGUCUCAGCCCUAGUCUCAGUCUGAGUCUCCCGUUUUUCCGAGUGGGCAGUGGGAACUUCCGAGAUCGCAAAAGUCACACAAAGAACAGCAGUGAUUCUCAUUCACUCCCUCACCCCCUCACCCCUUCAUCCCCUCACCCCUUCAUCCCCUCACCCCUUCAUCCCCUCACCCCUCAUUCCCUCAUCCCCUCAUCCCCUCACCCCCUCAUCCCCUCACUCCCUCAUUCCCUCAUCCCCUCACUCCCUCACCCCCUCAUUCCCUCACCCCCUCAUCCCCUCACUCCCUCACCCCCUCACCCCUUCAUCCCCUCACCCCUUCAUCCCCUCACCCCUCAUUCCCUCACCCCCUCACCCCCUCAUUCCCUCAUCCCCUCACCCCCUCAUCCCCUCACUCCCUCAUCCCCUCACUCCCUCACCCCCUCAUUCCCUCACCCCCUCAUCCCCUCACCCCCUCAUUCCCUCAUCCCCUCACCCCCUCAUUCCCUCAUCCCCUCACUCCCUCACUCCCUCACUCCCUCAUUCCCUCAUCCCCUCACUCCCUCACCCCCUCAUUCCCUCAUUCCCUCAUCCCCUCAUCCCCUCACUCCCUCACCCCCUCAUUCCCUCAUUCCCUUAUUCCCUCACCCCCUCAUUCCCUCACCCCCUCCCCCCCUCAUUCCCUCAUUCCCUCAUCCCCUCACUCCCUCACCCCCUCAUUCCCUCACUCCCUCACUCCCUCAUUCCCUCAACCCCUCAUCCCCUCACCCCCUGGACUUUGGUGCUACAUGGGAUUUCUCUCCUCUGUGCUCUGUGCCCACGCUGGUGACGUCAAAGCCUCCGUCACAGCAGGAGGGAGGGGGGCACUUCCUCUCCUCCCCCUCCCUCCCUCGCCCACACCUCGGCUUCCUCCGUCUACUGUUCCAACUGCGCAGAUACUGUCCUCUCCACUCUCUGUGA